ACUUGGUUCAGAGGAUCCUGUCCUAGGGUGAUGGCAUUUAGCUGGUGGAUGCCACGUGCCCAGGCUGAGCCAGCAUUCCCAGUGAGGAGCCCAAGGGCUGCUGUGCAAGAGAAGAGGCGCGAGAGAGCACUGUAAAUUUGUUGCCAAGAAGAGGAGCAAUGAAUUCCUCAUUUCACCUGCUUUUCUUGGAUAUCAGCCUGAAUGCCACAGAAGGCAACCUUUCAGGACCAAAUGUCAAGAACCAGUCUUCACCAUGUGAAGAGAUGGGGAUUGCUGUUGAGGUGUUUCUGACUCUGGGUCUCAUCAGCCUCUUGGAGAACGUCUUGGUCAUAGGUGCCAUAGUGAAGAACAAGAACUUGCACUCCCCCAUGUAUUUCUUUGUGUGCAGUUUAGCAGUAGCUGACAUGUUAGUGAGCAUGUCUAACACAUGGGAGACCAUCACCAUAUACUUAAUAAGUAAUAAGCACCUGGUGAUAGCAGAUGUCUUUGUGCGUCACAUUGACAAUGUGUUUGACUCCAUGAUCUGCAUUUCUGUGGUGGCCUCCAUGUGCAGUUUGCUGGCCAUUGCAGUAGAUAGGUAUGUCACCAUCUUCUAUGCUCUGCGCUACCACCACAUUAUGACAGUAAAGCGUUCUGGGGUGAUUAUCAUGUGUAUCUGGACCUUUUGCACAAGCUGUGGCAUUGUUUUCAUCAUUUACUAUGAAUCCACUUAUGUAAUCAUUUGCCUCAUCUCCAUGUUCUUCAUCAUGUUGUUCCUCAUGGUGUCUCUGUAUAUACACAUGUUCCUCCUGGCACGGACUCAUGUCAAACAGAUAGCAGCUCUGCGUGGAUACAGCUCUGUGCGGCAAAUGACCAGCAUGAAAGGUGCUGUCACCCUGACCAUGCUGUUAGGCAUUUUCAUCGUGUGCUGGGCUCCGUUCUUUCUCCAUCUCAUUUUGAUGAUUUCUUGUCCCCAGAACCUCUACUGUUCUUGCUUUAUGUCUUACUUUAAUAUGUACCUCAUACUCAUCAUGUGUAAUUCUGUGAUCGAUCCUCUGAUAUAUGCUUUCCGCAGCCAGGAGAUGAGGAAGUCCUUUAAAGAGAUUAUUUGUUGCCAUGGUUUCAGAAUACCCUGUAGGUUCCCUGGCAGGUAA